CAGCAACAGCAGCAGCAACAACUGCAGCAGCAGCAGCAGCAGCAAGGUCGAGUGCAACCACCGCCACCACCACCACUGCCCCCGCCACCACCAUCAUCGGCGCCUCCACCACCCCCCGCUGCAUUACCCGGUGGCUAUCGUCCGAAUUUCGUCAACCCCUGAAGAUAUGUGGAGAGGUCGUACAUGGCCGUGGAAGCGAAAGAAGAUCGUGACAAACUGGAGGAAUAUUUUAAGCAAAAAUUAAAUCCGUUAUUGAUAUCGGGCGCUUACAAAGCAGUGGAUUGGGAUCGACACAAGCAAGCUGCUGCGCACAAAAGGAAGAAAAAACAAAAGAAGAAUAGCGCAAAAUUGGCAGAGCAAUGGUUGGCCGACGAGCGAAGCAACGCACAGCGUGAGGAACGUGCUCGACGCUUUGCGCGUGAUGAUGACGUCCGACGAACAAAAUUCUCCGAUAUGCGGCAACGCGUCGAUUGGAGUAUUGAUCGGGGAGGUGAUGAAGGGACCAGUGAUAACAUUGUUGGAACAUGCACUGAUAUCGAGAAGUCCUAUUUCCGCUUAACAUCGGCACCAGACCCGAGUGCAAUUCGGCCGCUUGAAAUACUGGAAAAAGCGCUGAAGCUUGUGCAACAAAAUUAUACAAAUAAUCGCGAUUAUACCUACGCAAACGAUCAGCUGAGGAGUAUUCGUCAAGAUUUAAUGGCAAGUUAA